UGAAUUAUUUAUUUAUCAACGGUGAUAGAUAAGUUAUAAGGAAAAGCUUGAAUGUGGCUCUUAACGAUUGAUACCAAUCGUAAAAUGUGGGUUUUGCAAGCUGUAAAUCUCAUUGCAUGGAUCUGAUACCUUUCUUCUUCAUUUUUACCUUUUUCCUUUCAUGUUUCUCGUGUUUCACUUUUCUUCAACACACACACUUGUUUAUAAUCUAUCUAUAUAUAAGCUUUGGUUACAUGAUAUCUAAAUCGUUCCAUUGUGUUUUGCCACACUUAUAAAUAACAUAUAAUUACAAUUCAAAUAAAUAUACACUAAUGUCUAACAUUCGUCCAUGGUUCCGUCUCUCUAGCAUCGCUAGGCCUACAGCGCAAGGUUCAAGCGACCCACCUCCACCUCAACCUCGACCAACCUCUCGCAGUUCGCUCGUAGUCAGACCACCGGCAAAACAACCGUCACCUCCACGUCAGCGACAACCUCGUUCACCUCCACGUCAGCAAGAUCCUCCUUCACCUCCACGUCAGCAGCAACAGCCUCUUACCCCUCCACGUCAGAAGGCUCCUCCAACUUCACCCCCUCAAGAGCGGUCCCCAUAUCAUUCACCUCCAAGCCGCCACAUGUCACCACCGACCCCACCAAAGGCUGCGACACCACCUCCGCCACCGCCUCGGUCGUCAUACACGUCCCCACCAUCUCCCAAGGAAGUUCAAGAAGCCUUACCACCGCGAAAACCGAACUCACCACCGAGUCCAGCUCAUUCAAGUCGGUCUACAACAUCUGAGUCAGUGAAAACUCGGUCUCCAUCAGAGUCAGAGAAUCAUCGGAAAGCACCAUCACCGAGAGUACUAUCACCUUACUCUCUCCCAGCUUCUCUGUUACAUUCCGAACGUGAAACCACUCAGAAAAACAUUCUCACUGCCGAGAAAACAAGCCAAACCCACGAAACAAAUCAUCAUAACCAGAAUCAUAACCAUGACUAUAACCAGAACCAUAACUAUAACCAAAACCAUAGCUAUAACCAAAACCAAAACCAUCAAGGCAACAACCCCAAGAAGAUGCAUCGUCAACCAUCUUCGUCCGAUUCUGAGAACAUAAUGAGCACACGAGUCAUCACCAUUGCAGGUGAAAACAAAGGUGCAGUAAUGGAGAUCCUACGAUCUCCUCAAGGCAACAAAACCGGUGGUUCAGGAACACAUUCCUCUAGGGUUUCACACGGCACCGGAGAGAAAGGACGGAGACUUCAAAGCAGCAGCAGUAGCAGCAGCGACGAAGGAGAAGGUAAGAAGAAAACGACGAAGAACGUCCCUAACAAAGGCAAUAGUAACCUCCCAAUGAAAGCUUUUAUGAAUAGUAACGUUCAGAUGAUAAACAACUCCAUUGUCUACAACUCGACGGCAUCUCAUCAUGAUCCCGGCGUUCAUCUUAAAAUCUCCCGGAAACCUGGCUCCGACAAUGGUUUUCAUGUCAGUGAUUACGGUAAUAAUGGCGGAUACACCAACUGAUGAAAGAAGAAAAAAAACUAAACUAAAAUAAAAAAAAAGGUUUUGGAUUUAAAAUUGCAAUAAAUUCGAUUUAAUUAAAAUAAAUGAAAAAAAAUAAAGAAAAUAUGAGUGGGGUUAAUGGUUUCUGAUUCUUCUCUAAAGCUUUUGGAACCCUCUCACUUAUAUGGAGGCUUUGAUUCGUUUACUUAAAACGAACUUCUUUUUUUAAUUACUUUUGUAAACGCGCGCAUUGGUUCUCUCUGACGUAAUUAAUGAGAAAUCAGUUAUUGCUUUAAUAAUAAUCAUGAAACCCAUAUUAUUGUGAAGGCCCGAUGUAUACUACAUAAGCCCAUAUUCAUACCUAUGGGCCUAUAUAAACAAUUUGUAUUUACCGUAAUAUAUUUACUUUUAUCAAUUGGGGUAACGAUUUGGAUAAUUGAAUCCAAAAGAUUAUU